CUCCCACUGCAGACUGCCACAGCCUGAAACCACUCUGCCAAAACCUGGGAUCAUGUCUGGAGCCUACGACGAGUCCGCCAGCCAGGAGGAGACCACAGACAGCUUCUGGGAGGUGGGGAACUACAAACGGACAGUCAAGCGGAUUGACGAUGGCCAUCGGCUCUGCAAUGACCUGAUGAACUGUAUCCAGGAGCGUGCCAAAAUCGAGAAAGCCUACGCACAGCAGCUGACCGACUGGUCCAAGAGAUGGAGACAGCUGGUAGACAAAGGCCCCCAGUACGGAACAGUUGAGAGGGCCUGGCUAGCCGUGAUGAUGGAGGCGGAGAAGGUGAGUGAGCUUCAUCAGGAGGUGAAAAACAGUUUGAUCAAUGAGGACUUUGAGAAGGUGAAGAACUGGCAGAAGGACUCCUACCACAAACAGAUGAUGGGGGGCUUCAAGGAGACCAAAGAGGCAGAGGAGGGCUUCAAGAAGGCCCAGAAACCAUGGGCCAAAAAACUGAAGGAGCUCGAGGCUGCCAAGAAGUCUUACCACAUUGCCUGCAAAGAGGAGAAACUGGCCUCCACCAGAGAAGCCAACAGCAAGGGGGAGGCCUCUGUCACGGCAGACCAGCAGAAGAAACUCCACGAGAAAGUCGACAAGUGCAAACAAGAUUCACAGAAGGCCAAGGAGAAGUAUGAGAAGGCCUUGGAUGAGCUGAGUAAGUGUACCCCUCAGUACAUGGAGAACAUGGAGCAGGUGUUUGACCAGUGCCAGCAGUUUGAGGAUAGGCGGUUGGGCUUCCUCCGAGAGGUGCUGCUGGACGUCAAACGCCACCUCAACCUGACGGAGGACCAAAGCUAUGUAACGGUGUACAGAGAUCUUGAAUGCCUCAUCACGUCAGCCAGUCCGCAAGAGGACCUCAAGUGGUUCAGCAACAGCCAUGGCCCCGGCAUGCACAUGAACUGGCCACAGUUUGAGGAGUACAACGCUGACCUCUCGCAUAGCAUCACCAAGAAGGAGAAGGCAAAGAAGAUCAAUGAUGGAGUCAUGCUAACCAGUGUCACAACAGCAGUGGAUCAUGUCCAGGCUGGAGACAGAGGGAGUGUAUCCAGCUACGAUAGAAACCAACCCUACACAGCUUCCACUGAGUGGUCAGAUGAGGACCAGACAGCCCCAAACUCCGGUAAUGACACCAAUGGUGGGAACAACCCCUUCGACGAGGACUUGGGGCAAGGCGUGAGAGUAAGAGCACUGUACGACUAUGAAGGUCAAGAGCAGGACGAACUGAGCUUCAAAGCAGGAGAUGAGCUGACUAAGCUGGAGGAGGAGGAUGAACAGGGCUGGUGUAAAGGUCGCCUGGACAGUGGCCAGCUGGGUCUCUACCCAGCCAAUUAUGUCGAGCCAAUCUAGCUGGAGGUGCAGAGGACACUUCCUCAUUUGGAGGGCUAAAUCCAGACUGUACCGUCCUAUCAUACUGCAUAUUGCCAGAGACUUCAGAGCAAUGCCUCCCUUUUCUGUCAGGCACGCUGAGCUGUCUUCAUCCCAGCACUUACUCAUAAAUCAUCAAAGGAGACUGUCCUGAAAAAAA